UCCUAAGCCACCUCCUCCAGGGCACAACACAUACUUAAAACAGGGAGUGUUUUUAACACACACACAGACCAAGAUCAGACGUCCUCUGUGGCUGUGUCUGCACCAUGAGAAACAGAUGUCUAAGGCUGCUGCCAGGACUCUUGGCACUGCUGCUGUUGACACCAGGAGCAGCACCCCUGAACUCUGGAGGCAUCAGUGAAUGUGUACCAAACUCAACAGCGUCCUGUGGAAUGUAUGCAGAGUGCAUGAACAGAGAGGAGAGCUACUGCAUGUGUAGCCCAGGAUAUGGGCCUGUUUCUGAGGCAGGGUUCAGGAAGGAGAGUGAGAACACAUGUGAAGGAUUCCUGGUGCUGCUGCUGUUGACAUUGGGACCUGCAGAUGAGAAUGCUAGAGCUAACAACUGGCUCCCUCCAUUGCUUGGGCCUUCUGACCACAUCCCCACAACCUCUGCCACCACAGCCUCUGACUUCACAACAUCUGCCCCCACAGCCUCUGCCCCCACAGCCUGUGCUCACUGGUGCCCUCCACACUCCACAUGUGUCAACGCCACUGCCUGUCGCUGCUUUCCAGGAUUCAGCUCUUCAUCUGGAGAGACUGUCACCAACCCCAUGGAGACUUGUGAUGACAUCAAUGAGUGUGAACUACCUUCGGUGUCCUGUGGAAAAUUUGCCAAGUGCCAGAACACAGAAGGGAGCUAUUACUGCAGGUGCAACUCAGGAUAUAGGCUUUAUUCUGGGGCAACAAUGUUCUGGAAUGAAAAUGAGAACACAUGUCAAGCUCACUACAUGAGGACAACACAGAUGAUGAGGACCCAGAAGAAUGUUGGGUCAGUUCUGGGCCGGACAACACAGACCCCACCGCACACACACAAACUUGAAGAGUCAGCAGGAUUCUCCUUCCCCACCUGGACCCCACCCUCUGGAAAGAAGAGCAAGGAGGAGGAUGUCACCCUGGCUGUGAUCACCUAUGUGGGGCUCAGCCUCUCUCUGCUGUGCCUCUUCCUGGCGGCCCUCACCCUCCUGCUGUGCAAAGCCAUCCAGAACACCAGCACCUCCCUCCACCUGCAGCUCUGCAUCUGCCUCUUCCUGGCCCACCUGCUCUUCCUCAUGGCCAUUAACAGAACAGAGAUUAAGGUGCUGUGCGCCAUCAUCGCAGGUGCCUUACACUACCUCUACUUGGCCUCCUUCACCUGGAUGCUGCUGGAGGGUCUGCACCUCUUCCUCACUGCACGCAACCUCACUGUGGGAAACUACUCCAGCGUGAGCAGGUUCAUGAAGAAGUUCGUGUUCCUUGUGGGCUAUGGAGUCCCGGCUGUCAUUGUGGCCAUUUCUGCAGCAUCCAGGCCUCACCUUUAUGGAACAUCUGCCCGAUGCUGGCUCCACACACAACAGGGAUUUGUAUGGACCUUCCUUGGCCCCGUCUGCAUCAUCAUCUCUAUUAACUGGGCUUUCUUUCUGAUGACCAUCUGGAUUCUGAAAAACAAGCUCUCCUCCCUCAACAGUGAUGUGUCCACCCUUCAGAACAUGAGGAUGCUGACAUUUAAAGCAAUGGCCCAGCUCUUCAUUUUAGGCUGCACGUGGUGUCUGGGAGUCCUGCAGCUGGGCCCAGCUGCCCCUGCCAUGGCCUAUCUCUUCACCAUCAUCAACAGCCUGCAGGGCAUCUUCACCUUCCUGGUGUACUGUCUCCUCAGCCAGCAGGUCCGGGAACAAUACAGACAAUGGUUGAAAGGAAUCAAGAAAACCAAAGCAGACUCUGGGAAGUACACCCUCUCCAGCAUGGCCAUGUCUGAAGCUUCCAAAGACAAUGUGGAGGAGUAAAUUAACAAGCAAACCAGAUGAUCCUUUCCCCUGGAAAAUGAGGAAAACACUGAACUGUCAUCCUUUGGGCAAAGAGUAUAAAAAAUACUUUUUUGUCUGUUACAAGUAACUUAUCCUGGAACCAUUGUGUGAGAGACCAUGCACAAAAUGUUUGACAUUCAACUGCUGGAGAAUUGGGAUAUUCUGAUCCACACAGCAUGCUCAGCUCACUCCCAGAACAGUCAGGGACCUAUGACCCAGUUCCUCGAUAGUCUUGGAUUAACCCCUGCACUUCAACCUGUUUUUCUACAAAAAUGUCCCUCAAGCAUAACAAGGAAAACCAUCUCAAACACCUUUCUUAUAACAGCAUAAAAAAGGAAAAUAAUGUUCAGUCAAAUACCUGUAUUUGGUCUCCCUACCUACAUGCCUUGAUUUCUUCACUCUUCAUGUCUAGAGACUUACUGACUUUUCACUCAAAAAGUAGUUUUCUUACUCACAAUUUGCUCCACAGAGAUGCUAGUUCCUGAUUUCACAGAGCUUAUACAUAAAAAAAUUAGAAUAAAAUCAAUAGAGUCCCUAUAUCCUUACAUUUUACAAAUGGAGCUCUGGAAAAGGUGUAUAUUCCUACAGCACAUCAUAUAAGAUGUAUUUAUAGAUAUUAUUUCAUCCAAAACAUGCGAUCUAGGCAAGAUCUAAUUCCAGAGCAAUUACACCUGAAAGAAAUUUCCUGUGGGUUUCCACAGAACACAUUUGUAUAAUUUGAACACCACAGAAAAUUACUGUAAAUGGUUAUAACAUUGAAAACAUUCAUGAGUCCAUAGUGAUACCUAAAAAUAUCAGCCAAUAAUUGUAAAAGACAAGAUAGAAGUGGAAAUUCAUGAUUUUUCAAUACGGAGUAAAAGGCACUAAAUACAAUGAGAAAAGCAAUUGGAGAACAGGCUAGUCCACACUGCCAAAACAACCACCUCACAGAUUACUGAUUAAUUACAAGGGCCAAAGUGCACAUUUAUAAUAGGGAGAUCUGAACUUAAUGGUCAGAUUCACAUUGUCAAUAAUGGGAAACCUGACUUUAUAGAUCUCCUGAUAAGACAUGAAGUUCCAACAUCCCAUGGGUGGUAAAUAAUGAAUUAUGUGCAAAUCAGUCUACCCUAAGUCUAACUCAGCCUUUAGAUCGAGGGUUGGAAAACUAUAACAUGCAGGCUAAAUCUGGGCAUCUGCCUGCUUUUGUAAAUAAAGUUUUAUUGGAACACAUCAAAGUAAUUCACUGCUGGGUUGUCUAUGUUUCCUUUCAUACUACAUUGGCAGAGCUGAGUAGUUGUGAAGACACUGCAAGGCAAAAAAAAAAACCAGAAAAAUAUUUACUAGCUAGCCCAUUAUAGAAAAAGCUUGCCGGGAUCUGUUCUUUCAGACCUAAGUAUCAGUGUACAUGGAAUAUAGGGAACAGAAUAAGAAGUUAGCUGACAUCAUGAGGAAGCAAUCAGGCAAAUCAAGAAUAUAGAGCAUUCAACAAGCCAGGUCAUCUGGACACUUCUAAAGUCAGUAUCAUUUUAAAAAAUAGUUACUAUUACUUGAAAAGUGAUUACAGGCUAUUCUAAAAACAGACAAAAGCAAUAUAACAAUCCAAUUCAAUGUGAAUUAUAUUGGGAUUCUGAUUUAGAGACACAACCAUAAAAAUAUUUUGGAGGCAACUGGGGAAUCAUCUACAUGUAUCAGAUAUUACAAUUAUUAUUAACAAAUAUCUAAUCACUAUGUUGUACACUUGGUACUAAUAUUGUAUGUUGAUUAUAAUUUUAAAUGAAUUAUUAAAAAGUUAUGAAAAUUGAUCAUUUUUGGUGUAAUAACAGUAUGAUAGGUAUGUAGAAAAUAUUAUAUAAAUUCUUCAAUAUUUGGUAAAUAUUUAAAAAUGAAGUGUCAUGAUAUCUGCCACUGUCAUAUAUUUCAGCAAGAACAUGUAUAUGUGUGCAUAUACUUUAAGAAAGAACUUCAGUGUGAUUCUAAAUUUUUGUAGUUGUUGACUCUAGAUGAACAGCAUAUGUGAGUUUAUCAGUUCAAAUUCAUCUUAUUUUGAAAACUGUAAAUAAAAGGUAACAGGAAAGUAAAUAAAUCUA